GCGCGCUCGCGAACUCCGCGUGUUCGUUGUAAUGUCGAUGUUUAUUGUUUUAAAUUUUUGACGUGUACACGAAUAUUGUUUACGCGAUUGUUCGACUGCUUCGGUGUUUGGUUGCCGAAGGAGAUUGUGUUAGUGCAUGUGUUUUUGUAUGACGUUAGCUCUCGGUUCACUUGCAGUGAUUUCGCUGAUAGCUCACUCACCGGUGGAUGAGCGCGUGAUAAACUACGUGUUCGGUUUUUAAAAAAUAGGCGAGAUAAUCGUCUAGUGUGGGGUGUUUUACAGUAGCAACAUGCUGUGUACGGUGACAUAGUGAACGUUUUACUGACCCUGACCUCUGACAAUCAUGUCUGGGCGAUCGGAUUGCAGGAAAUUUGCACCUAACAUCUUCAAUAAGAGCAAGUGCACUAAUUGCUUCCGUCAGAAGGAGGAGCACAGUGCCGAAGCUUUGGAAUCUAAUCGGGCAAGCCGAAAGAUAUCAAAAUGCGGGUAUCUGUUCGUGGCACCGGGCUGGGACUUCUCCAACCCACUCUACAGAACAAAGAGAUGGCAACGGAGAUGGUUCGUGCUGUACGACGACGGCGAACUAACAUAUUCCUUGGACGAACAUCCCGACACAGUCCCGCAAGCCAGCAUCGACAUGACAACAGUCCUGGAAGUGAGCGAAGCGGAUAGUGUGACUGGACAUGCUCACAGCCUGGCCAUCACGGCUCCUGAAAGGGUCACCUUCGUCAAGGGCACUUGUCGGGAAGAGGCGAGGUGGUGGGCUGAUGUGCUGAGUGUUUAUCCAAGAAGCAAGGGCCGACAUAAGCGCAAUGCGACCUUUCCUGGAGGCCAGACAGGGAGUUUGCUGCAAUCUUCGACGACAAGAAAAUAUUCCGCCGAUGCAUCUACUCUGCGCGAUGUAGCCGACGGUUGCAGCCCUAGCCGACCCCGCUUCUGUCCUGGUGGUACCACCACGUGGCCUGGUCCUCGUGUGCAGCCACCACAGCCUGAAAUCCCUAGCCUGGCUGCUCCGACGCCUAUUGACACCAAAGUAUACACUGACCAGCCAGUAUCGUCAGCGUCUCCGCCGACCCGGGACAAGAUCAACGGCGAGGAGAAGGCGCGUUCACGACGCAGAGACACCUGGGCUGAACCUACCACCACUGCCACUUCCGAUGACGUAGUCGUAAGUGUGAGAUCGCCACUACUCCAACAGCAACACCAGCAAUACGGUGAGGAGCUUCGGGAUAUCGCAGAUUCGCUGACCAGACCGCGAUCCAGGCGUGCGCUGCCGCCCACUCUUGAACGACCUACCAGAUUGGCUCCAGAACGAUUGCCGCCACGAGGUUCCCCAGACGGUGCAGUACCACCAGAAGAAGGAAAUUCAAGUUCAUCAAGCGAAGGCAGUGAACCUGCUGAUGCAGUAGAAACCACGGAGACAAAUGAAACUGGUCGGGUGGAACUACCAGCUGAGAGGCUUCUACACGUAAGAGCCGGGUGGCUGCAACGACGAGGACCUGCAGGGUGGUCGAGACACUGGUUCGUACUCCGAGGCGCUGCAUUGCUCUACUUCAGAGAUCCUCACGCGGAACAGCGAGGCCUGAUGGACGGAGUUAUCGAUUUGAGUGGAGUCGCGAGAGUUGUGGAAUUACCAACUUCUGCGUCGACUAAUGGAUAUGCUUUUGAAACCGAGACUUGGGAUGGCAAACACAUAGUCCUUUCAGCUGUUACAGCGGGAAUCAGAGCCGAUUGGGUAUCAGCGAUCCGAAGGACUGCCGGACUGCCCGACUCUGGCCCAUUAUCACUCAUACUUCGAGAGGACAGCGUCGAUCAAACUUCAGAAUCAUCAUCAUCUCCUGUCACACCAGUGACUCCAGCAACACCAAGAUCAGCACCAUUUUCAUCAGAUGAAGAGUACCGAACAGCAUCCGAAGGUGGCCGCCGAGAUAGUGCUGAUUGGGGAGACGUAGCUCCACAACCGCCUCCUUCACCAAUCCUCAGUCGCACUCCGAUAUCUAAAGUGAAAGAUAAAGUGCGAGCAAGAGCAUGUCACCAAACUCUGCCCAGAUCUAACUCACUGAAAAGCGACAAGGACGAAAUUGACGCCACCAAAGAAAAACGCCCGACUGACGAAAUAGACGAAAACGAAAAACCCAACGAACCGCGCAAGCGCAGCUACAUGUCGACCAUCGAUAAACAAUCCAUCGAGAUCGACGAUCUUCGGAAGCAACUUAAACUCGCUCUGGGCGAUGUCAACGCUGCCGAAUCUGAAUUAGGGAGACUGCGAAAGCUGAAAUCGGAAUCAGCUCUCCGAGAAAAGAAAAUGGAGGAAUUAGUCACGACUCUGCAGAAAAAAGAAGAAGAGCUUGCUGUUAGAACAAAGGAAGCAGAAAACAUAGACGCCAUAAAACAACUUUAUAGCCAGGAUAAGAACAUGUGGGAGACUAAAUUAACAGAAACUCAAAAUUUCCUAAAGGAGUCUACGGAGCACUGUGAACUUUUAACAAAGCAGCUUGCAUCUGCUCAAGAUGUGAUCAAGCAACUACAACGAGAACUAAACGAACUUAACGAAAAACUACUUAAGAGUGUCAAAGAUAAUGAUAAUCUUUACACCAGAAUAAGGGAACUGGAAGGUCGCGUGGUCGUGGAACCACCAACUAGAGAAAAAAGAAAGAGCAUUGGUUCCCUUAGCGAUCUCACUAACAUAAAUCAAGACUUAAAUCUCGAGUCCCUAGAAAAAACGAGACUUAUCGAAGAGUACAUCGAUUUAAGAUCUAGAUUCCUUAAAGCUAUACAGGAAAUAAAGGCUAUGAAGAAGGAACUCAAAGAGUCACACAAUAUGUAUGACGAACUAGAAGUAACUAAUAUGAAAUUGCGCAAUGAAAUGAAGUUACGAGAACAAUGCAGUAGGUCAGAAAUAGACCUAAUGGCAGCGCGGAUUCUUGAUUUGACUCAGAAGCUUACUGCGUCAGACAAGCAAGUGCGUACCUUGAAGCAUAAGAUUCAAAAGACAGAAUCUAGGGAGAAGAGACGCAGCUUGUCAUUGAAAGGGAGAGAGUCUUUCACGUUGAGCAAAGAAGUCGAGGAUAAAUUAACGGAACUGGAAAAUAAAAUUACAAUGUUGGAGACGGGAGAAACAGUUCCCACAAUCAACUCUCCUUCUAAGAGUGCCUCGCCUUCUAAAGAGAAAGCUACCAAGAGCGACAGCUUAACAGACGAAAAGCGAAUGAAGAGAUUAGCGGCUCGACUCAGAAGGAAGUCACUAGACAGUGCCACAAGCUCGGAACCGAUGAAAAUGUUAGUUCGACUGACUUCGCUAGAAACCAAAGUAGCAUCCGCCUUAGAAACCCGUCGAGACUUUACGAAUUCCUGUGAGAGCCUAAGUCAAGCGACGCGAUCAUCCGAUAGUCCCAUAUUCAAUGACAGUCCAGAGAAUUCUAGUGUUGGUACACAAUCACAACGACAUCUUCUUGACAGACUCCAAAGCUUAGAAAGCGUGGUGAUACAUUCAAGAAACAAGGUGAAUGAGUGCCUGAGUCAAAUGAGCGCUAUGAGAGCAGCUAAAACGAGGAGAUCACCGUCGCCUAGUCUCGAAAAGAAGUAUAGCAUCAAAUCAAUGGAGAAGUGUCUCACUGAAGUUAGCAAAAGACUUCAAGAUUGCUUUGACAAAUGCGUGGUCGAUUGUGAAGCGCACGAGAACGAAGUCAAUGACAGCGUGGCAGAAGUCGUCGUACAAUUGGAGGAACAGCUCAGAACAAAACUACUGGAAAUUUCCAGAAGGAAGGCUGCUUUAUAUGAAGCUGGCGAACUAACACAGAGGAAGAGCCUAGAAAUUCUGGCAGAGAAGUUGGCAUAUGAGGCGGUCCUCAUCAGUAGAAUUCAAGAGGCUUUAGAAUCGUCUAACGGCAGCCGAUUCUUCGCUAGGUUAAUAAAGUCUGAAAUAAUCGAAACUAGUCAAUUAAUCGAUAAUCUUAAAUGUAAAAUAAACGGUGACAGUUGCAAAAGCAUCAACAACACCAGAAGUUCACUCGACUAUCUCGCCAGGAUACUUUCCAGGAAGAUCGAUAUCAUGAACAACGCGCGGGAAACGAGAGAUCUUCGCAAAUCGGAACUUAUAAUACAGAGCGCUGACCUGGAAGCUUUGAAGGCAUCACAAAAAGAAGUUGCAGACGCAGUCGAUAGAUACAAAACGGAAAAGUUAGCCGAACUGUGUUCAGCGUUAGCGUGCGAAACUUUAAGCUACGUGACGCCCAAUGACUCCGAUUUUGAGCAACAACGGGCAAACAUCGAAGCGGCAAGGGUACGCGAGGCGUGGGCGGCGGCCAGAGACGCACUCGGGGCCGAACUGGUUCAAGCCGAAGUGGCUCGCGCCCUGGGCCGCGCCGCUCAGCUGUGCGAGGACCAACUCGACGACGCUCGCCGGUGCCGCUUGACGCUGACGGCCCAGGACCGCGCCGACCUGGAGCUGUGGUGGCAGGCCGCGCACGACCACCUCCGCUGCGAGAUGGACGUCGCCGUCAGGAACAUCGCCUCGCGCUACAGGGAAUGUCUGUCCGUCGACCGCCGCACCAAAGAGAGCUCCCCCGGACUGGACAGCCGCAUGCUGCUGCAGCAACUGGCCGAAGUGCUGGCGCAAAAGGCGCUGGUGGACGCGCGCGUCGCGGUGGUGGAGGGCACGUACUGCGCGUCCGCACCGCAGGACGGCGCGCGGCGAUCCGACGCCGUCUCCUCGCUGGACAGCGACCCGUCGCAGGAGGCGGAGUUCGUGUACCUGUUCCAGCACUUCUCGAACGAGUGCCGCGCGCUCUUCUCCAGUGACUGUUCGGGCAACAGUGAAGACUCGAUGAAGAUCGGCGAGAGCCUCGCGCGGGCGGAGGCGGCGGUGGCGGCCGUGGCGCGGCGGCUGGCCGGCGACGACGCGGCCGGCGAGGACGCGCCCGGCGCCGGCGGCUCGGCGCUGGACCGCGUCGAGGCGCUGCGGCGCCGCGUCGAAGCUCUGCAAGCGCUGGCGCCGUGCCAGCACUGCAAGCAGCUGCAGGACGCGCUGGACAGGCUGCAGGCGGAGCGCGCGCGCGGCGAGUGCGCGCUGGCGCAGCAGGCGGGCGCGCUGGCCGCGGCGCGUCGGGCGCGCGCGCAGCUGCAGGCGCAGCACGAGCGCGAGCGCACGGCGCUGCGGGAGCGCGCGCGCACGCUGCAGCGGCGCCUGGCCGCGCUGGACUCCGAGUACUCGGCGCAGCUGGACAGCCUGCGCGCCGCCUACCAGAGCGCCGUGGCGGCCGACACGCACGGCGACGGGCUGCGCGCGCGCUACCAGCAGGAGAUCGAGCAGCUGCGCGCGCUCUGCGAGAAGGGGCUGCUGGCCAUGGAGAGCUCGCACCGCCGCAUCGUGCGCGAGAUGGAGGAGAAGCACCGCGCCGAGAGGGACCAGCUCAGGUUAGACAAAGAACAAGCACUUGCUGAAGAAACGCGCGCCACAUUAGCAGCGUUAGAUGCGAUGCGCAAAGCCCACGAGAGCGAGGUGCGACGUGAGGUGGACAAAUUUAAAGCAGAGUUUCUCAGCCGCGGUACACAUAAUCCUGACCUGUCGCAGCUAAGCUCUAGGCACCAACAAGAAAUGGAAGAGAUUAGGCGAGAGAUCCUCUCCCUCUCCGAAAAGUAUUCCAUCAAAUGCGUGGAGUCCGCUGCGUUGGAAGAACGCCUUGCUACCGCGACCGCACAGCUUGCACAAGCGCAUAACCAUAUCAUGCAGCUGGAUGCCAGGAAUAAACAAUUGCGAGCACACAUAAUGUCAGAGGCGAAUGAAAUGAAGAACUCUGAAGCGUCAUCUCUCUCCCAACUCAUCGAAGAGACUGCGCCGGAGAAGUCGUCCCGAGCGAGCCCGCUGCUGGAGGCAGCACGGCCGUCACGCCCCGCCAAGAUACAGUUCGCAAAAACCGAGAGCACACGCAACCUGCAACUCUCCCCCGUGCAGAAUUAAAAGCGCGACGCUGCUCUGACGACGGUAGCAGGGUCAUCGCGCCCCUCGUCGGGAUGGUCGCAGAGCGAAAGAAACGUUUCGAACUAUAAACGGCGUUUGCGUGUCAAUGUCGUCACCCUAUAUAACUUGAUCAAACUCUGAUAGAAUAUUUCUACAACUUUUAAUUCAAUGACCAAAAGUCGUUUAAAACCAGAACAGUUUAUACCCGUAGGUAGAUAGACUUCUCACACCCAAAGAUUUGAAAGCUCCCAGAAGAUGCCACAGUAUUUGGUCCAUAAGUUUAAACUUUUUAACUUACCUACAUUAAAAAGUAGGCAGAACAUACCCUUAACAAGAAAUUUAAAAAAAUUUGUAUAUUGGGUAUUGUAAACGCAUAGAAUUACGCUAUUCCCACCACGCUAGCACCUGGCCACUUAGCUUAUUUACCCAUGUGUUAAAAAUGUACUCAAUAUCACAAAAAAAUAUAUUAUAAAAUGUACUUUUUAAUAUAAGCAUUAUAUGCGAUUUUCCGUUGCGCAUUUCUAAAGAAUAUAUAUACAAGGAUACGUUUAGAAAUUAUCAGUGGAUAAAUUUUAAAUUUGUUGAAAGUAGUUUUUUUUAGAAAUGUUAACCCGAAUGUAUGAUAAAUAAUUAUUAACAUUAUUUAUUUGUAUUUGCGACAGAUAUAUUCAACAUUUAUAAACUAUUAAUUAGUUUUAUUAAAUAUAUCUACUUAUAUAAAAAUAAUCCUAGCUAUAGAACGACGCAGCUGUGAAAUUAGGGAACAGUUCCUGAACGAAAGUAAUGACUUACUGAUUUCACAAUUGCUAUUUAAUAUACAUUAAAAAGAUCGGCAAAAAUGUCAUAAAAUUCCACAGUAAUUCUAUGAUAUUUUGGUUGAUCUCAUUAACAUUUAUAUGUAAUUUUUAAUAUAAUUUAGGACCAAAUAAUUAUUUCUUUAGAAGUGGCCAGAUCCUAACUCCCACCUACAACACAAUUGUAUAUUGUAACUUGUUUCUUUUUGAGUAAUUUUUAAAAUGUAGAUUUUUUUAUAUAAUGUAGCUCCCUUUUUCUUAUCUUCGUGUCUUUUCUUGCGUCUUUUCCUGUGAACUUUGAUUAUGCAAUAGUAUCGAUUGUUUUGAGCAUAUUCAGAAAAUUAAUUUUGAAAGUUUAGCAGUACUAUCACCGUUAAAUUUAAAAAAAAGACAACACAAAUUUGUCAUCUAGUUUAAUGAAUAUGUCCAAGAAUUGUCUUUGUUUGUUUUUGUAACUAAUUUCCUAAGUUUUAGCUUUAGAUAAAAUUGGUUAGUGAUUUGUAACUUGUAAAGAAAAAUUUGUAUAACAUUUUGUACAUACUAACGUUCUUUUUUGUCUAACAAAUUGUUUUUUAGUGCACAGAAUUGCUGUCCUUUUUAAUCUUUAAGGAAUUGUUACCAAAUAUUUCGUAUUUAUGACAUUUUCUCUUCAUCGGGCGUUAAGCAUACAUUGCUAUCUUAGUAUGUACUUUUUAAUACUUAAAAUGAAAUGUAUUGUCAUUAGGAAGCAUUGUAUUGUGGAUUAAUGAAGCCCCUAUUUAAUCCUUUUUGUAGAUUUAUAUAUAGUGACGUAGGUACGUUAUAUCUUACGGAUUAUGGGAGAUAUAUUUGAUGAUUAUUAUUCGUAGAUUUUAACAGUUUUUUUGGAUGAAUCUUUUAGCGGCGUGGUAGAAAACUUAACGACGUGUUUUAUAGCUAUAGUAUAUUCUAACAUGUGUUUCUGUAGACGCAUAUUAUUUUUAUUAUAUUUGUUUUAAAACAUUAACAAACUGGAAUGCUACUUUUUAUGCAUUAGUAAAAGUGUAGUGCAACGGAACGUAUUUUCCUUUCUUUUUUUAAUGAUUUGAAUUUAUGAACUGGCAAUGGCAAUCUCGAAAUCAGUCUACUUUUUAAAGUAUUUUUAUGACUCUGGCACCACUCCGUUUUUACUGAUACAUAAAGAAGUAGCAAAAUAUAUUUAUAGUGUUAAAGUUUGACAUUUUUCAGUUUAUCUCUGACACCCUAACUCUGUGUGUUUAUUUGUUUGUUACCACAUUUUUCUGGGCAUUUGUACUGUCUUCCAUUCUCACAUUGUUGUGUAUAGAGCCACGAAAUAACAAGCAAAGUCGGGCGAAACUUAUGUAUCGUUUGCUCAAUGUUAUCUAGUUUAAAAAAAUACCAAAAGAGCAUUGUAUGUACGUAUGGUAUUGUGCUGCUAAAAAUGAACUUACGCCCAUAUCGAUGCGUUUUCUGUGUCAAGCGGAAAUGGCGACAAGAAAUACCAAAAACGCUUAAUUAUUUGAUACAUUUUCUAUGCAGAAUUUGUCUUCGGACGCGACCGAAUCGCUCCGAUCUGGGCAUAUCUUAAAAUAAAAUUUUAACUUAUAUUUAACGUCUCCCCUUGUCCGAGUUGACUUUGUAAAGUGUUGGUUUAUGUAACAAAGAUUUUUAAAAUAAACUCCU